UUAUUGAGACCACCCACCACACUGUCAGGUCUGUCUGUCACAUGCAGGAUGGAUGUCAAAAACUUAUGUUAAUUAAUUUGCGGGCUAAAUGCACAAUAAGCAGCCACUCUGCGGAUAUUAAUUAGCCUAGUAUUUCAUCAGCAGUGACGUCAGGACUGUGCCAGACUCUGGAUGGAGUCAGCAUCCAUCUCUUCAUUGUCUUGUGUAGUCACACCCAGGGACCUCAGGGUUCAGGAUUCAGGCCACCCUUUACACCAGCAAGAGAAGAAUGGUCAAGUAUUUCUGUAACAACACAGACAUCAGGAGUACGUGGGACCAUGUUGUCUCUGCUUUUUGGCAGAGGUACCCUAACCCAUUCAGCACCCAUGUUCUCACAGAGGACGUUGUGUACCGGGAGGUGACCGCCGACAACCGGCUCCUCUCCAGACGCCUCCUGAUGAAGACCAAUCGGAUGCCUCGCUGGGCAGAGCACAUCUUCCCCUCCGGCAUGUCUCGGUCUGUGUACAUCAUAGAGGACUCCAUCGUGGACCCCGUCAAGAGGAGCCUGACCACCUACACCUGGAACCUCAACCACACAACUCUCAUGUCUGUUGAAGAGCGUUGUAUUUUCCAAGACUCAGUGGAGCAGCCGGCCACCACCAGGCUGAGACGGGAGGCGUGGAUAUCCUCAAACGUUUACGGCUUCUCCAGACCUAUUCAGGAGUUUGGAUUGGCCCGAUUCAAGAGCAACCAGGUGAAGGCCAUGAAAGGGCUGGAAUACGCACUGACCAACUUACAGGGAGAGACGCCCCAGCGGCUGCUCAGGGACACAGUGAAGGACGCAUCAGAGAAGGCCAAGGAGGCAGCCAAGAGCCUGGCCUCAGCUGCUGCUGUCCCGCAGAAACCCCAGCAGUACGUGUGACGGGACAGCGUGUGCAGCACCGUGCAGGUGACACGAACUCAACACGAUGCCUUUUGAUCGCCUCGAUCAUUUCAACUGGACUGAAGUUCUCUGGGAUCUCGUCGAUCUCUGUCUCUUCUUUCAUACGACGCAGCCUCUCUUCUCUGCGGUUAGACUUUUAUCUUUCUCUUUCUUUGUUCUCAGCUCUCUGUCUUCAUCAAAUCUCAGGUCCUGAGCCUUUGUCUCAUACAUAUUGCCUUUGUGGAAACGUUCAGAUUGUGACCAGCAGCACCCUUUAAUGCUGUAACGGUGUCAGGUAGAAAUGCACAUUGUCAUGUCUUGCCAUAUUUGUAAUGAUCAAAACAGCUACUUUGAUUUAAUAAGCUUAUUUUUGUGUAAAAUGAUAAAUCAGUUUGGCACAUCAGAAUUUUGUCAGUUUAAAGGAAGUGUGUGUAGGAUUUAGGGGGAUUUAGUGGUGAGGAUUGCAGAUUGCAACCAGCUGAAACUUCUCCGGGUUAGAAUUCCUUCAGUGUUCAUUGUUCAGGAGCUACAUUAUCCGCAGAGGUCGCUUCCUCUCCAACACAAACAGACCAGAUUCUCAUUUAUAAACAUUGCGUACACACAAAAUGAGGCCUGAAAAAGGCGUACUUGAUGGGGGAAACUUUGACCCAUGCUUACGAACAUUCUUGAGACGGUAAAUUGGUGACUCAGAUGGUGAGGUGGAAGCCUGAUUGUGUAAAUUGUCAUAUCUUUUGGUGCACACCAUUUUUGGCCUAUGUUCGUAGGUACAUUUUUAGUAUGGAUCCUAUGCACUGUUUUAUAAAUGAGACCCCAGAUGAUUUAAACUGGCAAAGAGCACAGAAUAAAGCAGUUUCAUGGUUAAAACAUAAGUGUUUUUCCAGUGCUGUGUAUCAUACAGGGGCUGCUAACGAUGCUAACUGAUGCAAAAAUGUGAAUGGCCACGAGAGCCAGUGUUUGGUUUGUCCUGUCUUGGCUACUGUAGAAUCAUGGCAAUCCAACAUGGCGGAUUCAGUGGACGAGGACCUGCUUCCUGUUGUCCUCAUUCUAAAGUAACAAAGACACAAUCUUAUUUCAAUUACAGUUCUUAUUGUCGGGUGAUUAUGCACUAAAGAAAGCAUACUUACUGUAUUGUAUUAAAUUUCUGCCAAUAUAUCCCCCUAAAUCCUACACACUGGACCUUUAAUAUAUUUAUCAUUCAUUGUAACACUAAUAGUUUCUUAUGCUUUUGGCACUGGUCCAGCUGAAAGUUCACAUUAGACCAAAUCAUAACACUCUGAUGUGUGUCUUUAAUUUCACAUAAUCAAGGAAGGUUGAGGAUCAUGAUUUGAUGGUUGCACGCAAGAGAUACUGAAACAGUAAAUCUAUACUGGUCAAUUUCCUCAUGAUUUCUUCCCUUUUUGACAUUUUCCAGAUUUGAGACUGAACUAAACUUCGUAUUUCAAACACACAGUGUAUUCUGUAAUAUUGCGCACAAUGAAUAUGAAUGCGUCUGGUUAGUCACUGCCAGAACAGCCUAUACUGAAGCUUUGAUAAUCACAAGAUACCAAAGUGACUUAUAUGGGAAAAAAAUCAGACUGAGCAAAGUUUUCACAGCUCUGUGCUCAGAUUUACUCUGUAAUUAGCCUUCAAGUGUGUAACUGUGUGACUGAGGUGCGUCAGUGAAAAUAUUAUAGAUAUCAAUCUGCCUGUUGAUAUUAAUCUUAAGUCGUGAUGAAGAUGAGACAGUAUUGUUAAGAUUUAAGUGAUUGCAUUCCCUUUUAGCUGGAAAUUUCUGGAUUUUUCUGCUCUGAGACUUGAAUUAUAGUUGAAUAUAAUAUAUAUUAUAUAUUCGUGGGAUGUAUUUUGAAGGAAUAUUUAGCAUAUGUGAUAUGAGCUGUAUGUGGAUUUGUUUUAACCAGAAAGUAAGAUGUGUAAAAACAGAAUCAAUUUGACCUUUAAAUCAAGAAUUGAAUAUUUUUGUUAAUCAUUUAAGAACAUUUUCAACCAAACCUGCAAGUUAAAUUUGAUUGUUUGUUGUCUUAUGUUUUCUCAUUUUCAGCUUUAAUAAAAUUUAAGUUAUUGAUUUAA